AUGGCCAUGGCCGCGCGGCCACAGACGCCCGUGCAUGAUGCAUACAUGCCCUCGCAAUCCAAUGACCCCGGCCUGCUGAACCGCGGAUAUGGCUCCCUCCGUGCCUCCUCCCGGCCCAGCUCCUACGCCGGCAACAGCCCCGCCUUUCACUACAGUCACGGUGCCGUCGAUCAGUCACCGGCGCCCCAUAACCCCCGUUUUAAGGAGGACUUCGAGACCGCCAGUCACCGCAGCUCCGUCGUCCUCGACGGCCCCGGCAUCCAGCGAUCCGCUUCGCAGAUGUCCGGAGCCCCCUCCCGCUCGAGUACCCUACGUAAGAAGGCCUCGCUCAGCAAGAAAGGAAGCUUGCGACGCAAUGGGAGUCGUCGGUCUAUGCGCGCCGGCAGUGUGAGGAGUCUGAGCCUGGGCGACCGUGAAAAGUACAACGCCGACGGCACCGAAGACAUGAACAGUGCUUUCGCUGUCCCCGUCCCGACAACCGGCAACCCGACCGAGGUCCUGGCAAAUCGCUUUCAAGCUUGGCGCAAGAUCCUCAAGGACCUUAUUCUCUUCUUCAAGGAGAUUCAGAAAUCCUACGAAACCCGAUCGAAGCUAUUUUUAUCCGCCUCCAAUGUCAUGAAUAACCAGUCUAUCCCGCCGGGCUUCCUACAGUCCGGUGGCCUAGCCGAUGCGACCGAAAUUCUUCAGGGCUUCCACCGCCAAGGAUACCAUGAAGCCAACAAAGCCGUCGAGGUGGAAAUUGAGGUCAUCAGCCAAUUGACCGGUCUGCGAAGCGACCUGCAGAAGAAGACGAAGGAAAUUAAGAGUCUUUCUGGAGACUUCAAGAACACGGUCGAGAAGGAGAUUGACGGAACGCGCAAGGCCGUGCGCAACUUGCACGAAUCCUUGGGUCUCGUUGAUACCGACGCGUCCGCAACAUCAGGUAAAAAUGAUCCAUUCUUGAUGCGCCUCAAUGUCGAGCGCCAGCUUGAGAAACAGAUCGAAGAGGAAAACUAUUUGCAUCGAGCUUUCUUGAACUUGGAGAAUUCCGGUCGCGAACUCGAAUCGAUCGUCGUGAGCGAGAUCCAGAAGGCGUACAAUGCCUAUGCCAGCAUUCUCAAGCGCGAGGCCGACGAGGCCUACGACACGGUGGAGAAGCUUCGGGCCGGGCCGAUCUCUAUGCCCCAGGAUCACGAGUGGAAUGAGUUCGUUGCCAACACCGAGGAGCUGGUCGACCCUCGCAUACCUCUGCGGAACCUAGAGAGCAUCACGUACGAUGGCAAAGACCACCCGGCCGCAGCCGAGGUUCGCGCCGGUAUGCUGGAGCGCAAGAGCAAGUAUCUGAAGAGCUACACUCCGGGCUGGUAUGUCUUGUCGCCGACUCACCUGCACGAGUACAAGUCAGCCGAUCGCGUGGCAUGGCAGACUCCUGUCAUGUCGCUGUAUUUACCGGAGCAGAAGCUUGGAUCCCACUCGCAGGAGGACUCCAGCUCCCACAAAUUUAUGCUCAAGGGCCGCCAAACCGGUGCAAUGCACCGAGGCCACUCGUGGGUCUUCCGCGCCGAAUCCCACGAGACUAUGAUGUCUUGGUACGAGGAUAUCGAGAGUCUGAGCAACAAGACGGGAGAGGCGCGAAACGCCUUUGUGCGACGACACGUGCGGAGCGUGAGCGGCAUGUCCACGAACAGUGAAGUGAUGGAGGACGACGAGGCCGACCGAACCCCGUACUCUGCCGAGUCGGUGGUUCUCGGCCAAGAGCGGCCCACCUCUGCCUCCCGACAACCCGGCGGGGCUUUCCCCAGCGAUGUGCAAAUCGAUCGGCACCUCCAGGCACCUCUGUCUCCAUCCAGUGGAGACAGCUCCGCCGGGCGAGACAUGAUCGCUGCCGCGGGGUCAUAUCCCGAUGGAAGCACUCUGGAGGAUAACUCCCGUUUCUAUGCCCGCGAUGCCGACAAUGCUUCGUCGCAAGCUGCCAUGAACAGUCCUGCCAACCGGCCCAAAGUUCUUCAACAUGACAGUUACUACGGCGAAUGGAUCGGCCCUGCUGCCAUCAUGGCCAAGCAAAGGCAAAACGAGCAGGUCGAAGCCGCGAAAGCCGAUAACCGGGAGAUUCGCUCUGACGGAGAUCACAACUCGGUAGCUGCGAUGUCCGGUGUCGCAAUGGCGGAACGCCGCGAUCAGUCUGCCCCUCCCAACGUGGCUCGCCGCGAAAGUGUGUCCACGGCACCGACCAACACCAACAAUACAGACUAUACCAACCACACGAACCCCACGGUGGCCACAUCUGUCGACACCAAGGAUUCGGGGGUGGCUGGAUUGGGUGCAGGUCAAUCCAAUGGACCGGAGGAUGUCACUGAAAGCCCCGGUACCGGUACUAAACCCAUGUGGGACAUGUCGCGUCCGAAGCAGGACAGCGUCGUGGCGCUUGACAUGAAGAUUCCCGGGCGGUUCCCACCGACGAACGUGGCGGCAUGA